AGCAAUCAAAGAAGCCAAAUGUUAGAUAUACAAACUAUUGAGGAAAAAGUCCAGCAACAAAGCUAAAGCAGUCUGGAAUCGAGAUUGUAAACACACAGGGAUGGCUUCAAUGCAGAGAACAAAUUUCACCACACCCACAUGUGUGUGUGACGACCAUUGGGACUUUUAACAACAUGCGAAAAUGUUCUUCCCUUCAUUUAGCUAGCUUCCAGUCCGAGUGGCCUUGGGAUUCAUUGUUUUUAAGUUGAGUUCAAACACUGUGAAGGGAGUUGAAAGAAAAAAAGAAAAAAAAAAAAACAGGGGGAAAUACAAAUGUUUGCAACGGGACCUUACAGGAAGUAGAUGAGUACCACUUCCGAGUCGCAUUAGGUCUAAAAAAAAAAAAACAGAAAAUGUUGCCUCUCAAGCGAACGUAUUUCUUAUUCGGGGUCUUUUCGCGCCUCCGAAACGCGAGCAAAGCUGCAGCUUGCACGGGCAGGCCCGUUUCAUCCGAUGGCCAAGACCAAGUGAAAGAUCACCCGUUUGUCAGGAUGAACAAUCCGUACAAGGAGCCGCACAAAGGCUGCGUCCUCUGCGACGUCACCGUCGACUUCAAGAACAUCCAGCACGCAUGUCCGCCGCUUUCUCCGUGGAAGUGUAAACGCCGCGGCGUUUGUGUGCAGCUUCUGUCUCAGUUCAUCUCGCCGCACACGGGAAGGAUCUACGGCCGCCACAUCACCGGCUUGUGUGGGCGCAAACAAAAAGAAAUCUCCAAGGCCAUCAAGAAGGCGCACUCUAUGGGUUUCAUGUCAGUGACGCACAAACACCCCGAGUUGAUGCGGGACCCCAACAUCUGCAGCUUCAAACAUGCGGAUUAGCCUGGCCUGGCCUGGCCUCCUCCUUUUCGUCGUCGGCCAAUAAAUGUAAAGUCAAACAA